CGGUUCGUCACUUGCGCGGUCGCCCAGGUCGUUCGUUCGCUCGCGUUUCCCCGGACGACCCGCAGCAACUCGCUGAGGUUUGGUCGCGUGCCAAUUCUUCCUCGCGCACACUUCCUCCGUGACACCGUCGCGUGAUCGUCGCAUUUCUCGUGGGUGGUGUAACUGACGUGCCCCGAUACUUCUCAACCCGAUCUUUCUUCGUUUAACGACCACUUAAAAGCUUACGGGGCUACCCUUUGGAAGAAAUUUCGGGACUACCGCGGCUUCGUGUCGAACCUAUUAAUCGGAGAAGGUGGUUUUAUCAUUGCUUGAGCACGCGUUCGUUCGUGCCGUUUUGAGUUUUUUUUUUUGUUUUUCGGGAAACCUGUCAUCGGGCCACCCGAUUAGUGUCAACUGCGCUCUCUCGUGUGUCGUCGGGGAGAUCCCGCUAUGGAGCGCUUGUAAUCCCGCCCGAUUCCUGAACGGAGGCAGUUUCUACGAAACAAAGUGGUGUUUGGUGCUCCCGGGGUGGUCACUGUUUGUGUGUGGACUACAGUGUUGGGGAACGUCAAGAGAGAGAGAGAGCUGAAACCAGGGGGCUUGUUGGACCCGGCCGAAAUCCAGUGUGGCGGAGUAAUUUCGGUGUCAUCCCGCUGGCUACCAGAAAGAAUGAAAAUUAGGUGUGACCGUCCAAUUCGAGCAGCAGCAGCAGCCCAGCCAGUAGCCAAGUCUGAGCAGGAGGCACAUCUCGGCCGGCAAAGAUGCUCCUCGCAUGGCGUUGCCUAACUUUAGGGCGCGGCGUCGUUCAAGUUCUUCUUCUUCUGCUGCUGCUGCAAAGUCAGCUGCCAACGAUCGCUUGCGCUGGCGUCCUCCAAAACGUCCUCGGCGUCCCCGCGACUUGCAUCCACCAGAACGUGGUCCGCCAGUGUCGGCUGUCCUUUUCCUGCUGGCUCGAGGGAGGCCGCCAUGUUGCCGGAUGUGGCGACAGCCGUUGGCUGUUCUCCUGCUGCGUCAAGGACGGUGACCUCAUAACAUCCGCUUCGAUGCCGGCUCCGGCGUCGGCGAUGUCCAUCAACUCCAAGCUGGCGUACGCGGCUGCCGUUCCAAAGUCCAAGGGGUCCAUGAUGAUGAUGAUGGGGCCUCCACCUCCGGGCAUGGGAUGGGAUCAUAUGCCGCCACCGUUUCCCAAGGGGAUGCCCUACUCGGCGGCCAUGGGCCACAGCAAGAAUAGCUUCUUCAAGCGCAGAUCCGAUCAAGUAGGGGCACUGAGUGAAUGCGGAAUUGCUCGAACCCCACAGAACACCCUCCAGAAGCGCAUCAUUGGCGGUCGGACGGCCAAUUUUGCCGAGUACCCGUGGCAGGCCCACAUCCGGAUCGCCGAGUACCAGUGCGGCGGCGUCCUCGUGUCGCGGAUGUUCGUGGCCACGGCCGCCCACUGCAUCCAGCAGGCUCGCCUCAAGGACAUCACGAUCUACCUGGGUGAACUGGACACGCAAAAUUCUGGAAAAAUCGCCGAACCCCUGCCGGCGGAGAAGCACCGAGCCGAGCUGAAGAUUGUCCACCCCAAGUUCCUGUUCCGGAUGACGCAACCGGACCGGUACGAUCUGGCACUGCUCAAGCUGACGCGGCCAGCCGGCUACAAGACGCACAUCUUGCCGAUUUGUUUGCCCGUGCGGCCGCUGGAGCUGGUGGGGAAGAAGGGCAUCAUCGCCGGGUGGGGCAAAACCGAUGCCAACAUGGGCCAAACGGGGACGAACAUCCUGAGGACGGCGGCGGUGCCGAUUAUAAGUACAAAGGAGUGUCUUCGGUGGCAUAAAAGCAAACAGAUCAGUGUUGAGCUGUUCAACGAAAUGUUCUGCGCAGGGCACUCCGACGGCCAUCAGGAUGCUUGUUUGGGUGACUCGGGCGGUCCGCUGAUCAUCAACGACCGGGGCCGGUUCACGCUGAUCGGCAUCACCAGCGCCGGGUUCGGCUGCGGGGUGGACCACCAGCCGGGAAUCUACCACAACAUCCAGAAGACGGCCAAGUGGAUCCAGAACAUGAUCCUGACGGCGAGUUGAGCGCGACGGAGAUUUUUGGACAACCGGGCGUGGUGCUGUAAUUGGAAAUUAUCAGUAUUGAAUUUUUCUUUCUUUUAAAAGAAGUUGAUGAAAGGAAAGGAAAUUAACUGCUUUCUUAGUGAUUGUAAACUCUGUUUAAUAAAAGUAGUGAGCACGCUGUACCACGAAAGAGCUUCUUUCUUAGUUACAUUUUUUUUAUACUCAUUGUCAUGACAAGCUGUAAUGUGAUUUAUUCUAUGAUGUUUUAAACACUUCUGUGGCAAUUUUAUUUUUUACUCUUUUUUUAAACGUUAGGGCUAGAAACUUCGUCCUUGGAAUCGGUGGGUGAUACUAAACUUACUAUAGAAACAUGUGCUGUAGCUUACCUUAAUUUACUAAUCAUUUCACGCACAAUCUGACAAUCUGUUUAUCAGCUUUAGAGCGUAGAAUCAAUCAACUAAUUGUAGGAUUUAUUUAUUCAAACCAAUACAAAAAAUACAA